UAAAAACAUCUGUUGUCAGAGCUGUCCACCUGCUGCUUUGUCUUCCCUCCAUUGAGCUUUAGGUCUGAUGGAUAUCUCUUUUAUUGGAUAAGGAUGGAGGGUAAUAGCAAGGUUUCUAUGCCUUUUGACUGACCUUUUGACUUAUUAUUUAUUAUGGGUUCAAAGUCUUGCUCGUGGAUCUCAUAUAUAGCACUCCAAAUAAUAUUAGUUUGCUGAACCUGAAUUUCUGGAAUGUUAAAUGAUAGGUUUAUACAUCACUGAUUAGCCUUUUGUAGUUCCAUGCCAAUCUUAGUUUUUUAUUUUAUUUAAUUUUAUUUUCUGUAUGGCCAUUUAAUUGAACUGACUACUUAGUCAUUUUUUUAUGGUAACUAAUGUAUGCUACAUUGCCAGGAAAUCAUCCGAAGAAUGCUUCUAUUGGCAUUGGAUGAUCCUCAUAGAAAAAUUUGCACGGCCAUUGGUAUGGCUGUUGCAUCCAUUGCAGUGCAUGACUGGCCAGAGUUAUGGCCAGAUUUGUUACCAUUUCUUCUAAAUUUGAUCAAUAACCAAGCCAACUUGAAUGGAGUGCAUGGCGCUAUGAGAUGCUUGACUCUUCUCUCUGCGGACUUGGAUGAUAAAAUGGUUCCAACAUUAAUACCUGCUCUCUUCCCGAGUUUGCUGACAAUUGUAUCAUCUCCCCAGAAAUAUGACACAUACAUUCGAUCAAAGGCCCUUUCUAUAAUCUAUUCUUGUACAUCUAUGCUGGGGACAAUGAGUGGUGUCUACAAGGCAGAAACAAGUUCUCUGAUAGCUCCUUUGGUUAAACCAUGGAUGGGCCAAUUCUCUUCUAUUCUAGAAAUUCCAGUUCAAUCUGAAAAUCCCGAUGAUUGGAGUAUCAAAAUGGAGGUUUUGAAGUGCUUGAAUCAGUUCAUUCAAAAUUUUUCAAGUCUCUUUAAAAGUGAAUUUGAGGUUAUACUUGGACCUCUGUGGAAUACAUUUGUCUCUUCUUUGAGAGUUUAUGAGAAAGCUGCUAUUGAAGGAACUGAAGAUUCAUAUGAUGGAAGAUAUGAUUCUGAUGGUUCAGAGAAAAGCCUUGAUUCUUUUGUUAUCCAGCUCUUUGAACUCAUGUUGACUAUUGUGGGUAAUACAAGACUGAGAAAGGUGGUUGGGGGUAAUAUCAGAGAAUUGGUGUACUAUACUAUUGCUUUUCUUCAGAUGACAGAACAGCAGGUAUACCAUUUUUUACUCUUCUCGAUGCUCUUGUUCAUUUUUGCCUUCAUUUUGCUUGGUAGCAUCUGA